AUGGAGGCUGAGGAGCCACCUGAGGUUCUGGGGAAAGCUAAGAGACGCUGCCAUGAGGCCCUGGGCAAGCUUCUUCCCGGCCUCUGUUUCCUCUGCUGCCUGGUGACCUAUGCACUGGUGGGUGCCGCCCUCUUCUCUGCAGUCGAGGGCCGCCCUGACCCAGAGGCGGAGGAGAACCCUGACUUGAAGAACUUCCUGGAUGAUCUGUGCAGCAUCCUGGAAUGUAACAGGACAGUGGUGGAAGGCAACAGGAAGGCCCUGUGUAAGCACCUGCAGCAGAUGAAUCCGCAGUGGUUCAAGGCGCCUGCGGACUGGUCCUUCCUGAGUGCCCUCUACUUCUGCUGCACCGUGUUCAGCACAGUGGGUUAUGGCCACAUGUACCCCGUCACCAGGCUUGGCAAGCUCCUGUGCAUGCUGUAUGCUCUCUUCGGAAUCCCUUUGAUGUUCCUGGUGCUCACAGACAUAGGGGACACCCUAGCCACCAUCUUAUCCAGGGCCUACAAUCGGCUCCAGGCUCUCCUUUGCCUUCCCCGGGCUCCCUCCGCACCACCGUGGUGCUCCAGCCUGCUGCUCUGCAGGAGGCCGCCCGACAGCAACCCUGGGGGCUGCGAAGCCAUUCCUCAGAUUGUCAUCAGUGCCAGCGCGGAUGCGGAUGAGCUCCUGGACCCCCAGCCGUGCAGGGAACCGGCACCCCAAAGCUGUAGCGUGGAGCUGUUUGAGAGACUAGUUGCACGAGAGAAGCAGGACAGGCUACAACCGCCCAUGCAGCCCAUGCGGCCUAUGGAGACGAAGAGCAGCUCAUGUCCCGAGCUGAACUCAUGUCCCCAGCUGACGCUGGGGCGACUGUCCUGUUCAAUCCUGAGCAAUCUGGAUGAGGUGGGCCAGCAGGUGGAGAGGCUGGACGUGCCCCUCCCUGUCAUCGCCCUGGUCAUCUUUGCCUACAUCUCCUGUGCAGCUGCUAUCCUCCCCUUCUGGGAGACGGAGCUGGGCUUCGAGGACGCCUUCUACUUCUGCUUCGUCACGCUGACCACCAUCGGGUUCGGGGACAUCAAGCUCAGCCGCCCCCACUUCUUCCUCUUCUUCUCCAUUUACAUCAUCGUUGGCAUGGAGAUCGUGUUCAUCGCCUUCAAGCUGAUGCAGAACAGGAUCCUACACGCCUACAAAACGCUCAUGCUGUUCUUUUGCAAAAGGGACGUUUCGCCGCCUUGCUAA